AUGGCUACUAAUAUAACCUGGCAUCCAAAUUUAUCUCACGAUGAACGUUCAAAAUUAAGAAAUCAAAAAGGUUGUACAAUUUGGCUAACAGGUUUAUCCGCGAGUGGUAAAUCAACAAUUGCUUGUGCAUUAGAACAAAGUAUUCUUAAUAGAGGUUUAAAUAGUUAUAGAUUAGAUGGUGAUAAUGUUAGGUUUGGUUUAAAUAAAGACCUUGGGUUCUCAGAAACUGAUAGAAAUGAAAAUAUUAGAAGAAUUUCUGAAGUUGCUAAAUUAUUUAAUGAUUCUUGUUGUAUUUGUUUAACUUCGUUUAUAAGUCCAUAUAAAUCAGAUAGAAAAUUAGCAAGAGAAUUACAUGAAAAAGAUGGUUUAAAAUUUGUUGAAGUUUAUAUAGAUGUUCCAAUUGAAAUUGCAGAACAAAGAGAUCCAAAAGGAUUAUAUAAAAAAGCAAGAGAAGGUAUUAUUAAAGAGUUUACAGGUAUAUCAGCUCCAUAUGAAGCACCAGAAAAUCCUGAAAUUCAUGUAAAAAAUUACAAUUUAUCAAUUGAAGAAGCAGCUGAACAAAUUUUAGAUUAUUUAUUACAACAUAAAUAUAUAUCUUAA